AUGAAUCAGGACCGAAGCCGGCUGGUGAAGCUCGCGAUCACGGCCUGUGUUGUCCCGGCCUACCUGGGUGGAUAUCUCGUGACAGCGGACACGGCCUCCUUGCGGUCGAAAUUUUCCACUCUGGGGAUCGAUGCCGUCUUCCCCGGCGACUCGGAUUACGACAAGUUUGCGGCUUCCUUCAACCGACGGCUGUCCUACAAGCCGGCCGCCAUCGCAUUCCCCAACAAUACUGACGCCGUUGCUAGCGCGGUCAAACUGGGUGUCCAAGAGAAACUACGUCUAUCUGCCCGCUCUGGUGGUCAUUCAUACGCUGCCUACGGCCUCAGCGGGACAGAUGGCGCACUGGUCAUCGAUCUCCAACGAAUGAAGCAGGUUUCUGUCGACAGCUCAAACGGGGAAGCCGUGAUUGGAACUGGAAUCAGACUCGGGGACAUUGCCCUCGCUCUAAAUGACCAGGGCGGCAGAGCUCUGCCGCAUGGCCUGUGCCCGUUGGUCGGUCUGGGUGGUCAUGCCGCCUUCGGCGGCUACGGCUUCACUAGCCGACAAUGGGGCUUGACAUUAGAUAAAAUUAUUUCACAUGAGGUUGUGUUGGGCGACGGCUCGAUCGUUACUGCUUCGAAGACUUCCAAUCCCGACCUUUUUUGGGCUCUCCGGGGAUCCGGCGCAUCCUACGGGAUUAUGACCGCGAUUCGCUUCCAGACCGAAACGGCGCCUAGGGAAGCUACCGACUUCGGCAUCCAAUGGAACCUGAACGAGGAAGACUUCGGCCAGACAUUGAUAAAAUUGCAGACCUUUUGCAUGUCAGAUGUGCCUGCCCAACUCGGCAUGACCGUCAACCUUCGGAAGAGCAAGGAAAGCGGGAAGCUGCUGUUCGAUUUCGCCGGCGCUUGGUACGGCGAGGCUAGCGCUUUUGCCGGUGUGGUCCAGCCCUUUUUGUCCCAGAUGCCUCCACCCACCCACAACUCAGUUAAGACAACGGAUUGGAUCACGAGCUUAUCACGGAUACUCGGGGGCCAAGCUCUCUCCACAGCAAAUGUGGAUCUUGCAGAAGAACACGACACGUUCUACGCCAAGAGCCUAACAACCCCUGCAUCAGCGCCAAUGUCGAACUCGUCGAUCGCCGCAUUUUCCAAGGUCCUGGCCACUCAGGGCCUCCAAUCCAAAACGGACUGGUUUGUGCAAUUCGAGCUUUACGGCGGGAAGAAUUCGGCGAUAACUGCCGUUCGGCCAGAUGAGACGGCCUUUGCCCAGCGUUCAAUCUUGUUUACCAUCCAGUUUUACUCCCGGUCCAGUAAUUACUCUCCGCCCUAUCCCGCCGAAGGCUUCACUCUGCUGGACAGCAUGGUGGACAGCAUUGUGGCCAACAAUCCGUCGGGGUGGGGAUACGGGGCCUACGCCAAUUAUGUUGAUGAGCGUCUUUCUCCCUCACAAUGGAAAUCUCAAUACUACAACAACCAGUUCAUUAUGAACGUCUGA